AUGUCUCCGGCGCGGAACCCUACGGGUUGGGAUGAUUAUGAGGGUGGCCCGUCACCUCGGGGAAGCGUGACCGACAGCAUGCUUGAACGCGAGCAAGCUCUUGUUGACGACGACGACGAUGCGGGCGAACACGACAACGAAGGAGGAUUGAUGAGGCGACGACGUCGAUCCUCUAUUACCAACCAGUUGGCAGCAAUUGCAGACAUCGGCGGCGUGAACAGCUUCCGUUCUUUUGCUCGUAGUUGGCAGCGAGCCGCAGGAUUCCACGAGGUCAUUCCCCGUCGACCGAGUUUUGUUCUUGCGCCUGAUCAAGAGGCAGAAAACCUCCAGUACAGCCGCAGCCAGUUCCAGGGAUCGCCGCUACCCCAAUCAGGCCUUUUGCGCCAACAUCUCGAAGCCUCGUCCUCACAGGCAAAUGGCGAGUCUAGCUCGGCCAUUGAUUCGUCUCCGAGGGCGAUGAGAACCUCUCACCGCGACGGCGAGACAAAACCUCUGCUUGAUGUUGAGGCCGCUGGCGCAUCACCAUUUGGGUCGCCCCGGUCAAGCAUCUUCGCCGUCCCACCUCACCUCGCGGCCCCCGAUAUUGUUGGCAGCUAUGGUUCAUUCCGAGACUCUUCUCCCUUUGGGACUCUGGAAAGAAGCACGCGACAUCGCAUUUCUUUCAGUGAAGGGAGCGGCUGGGGCGUUGCUGAUGAGGACGAAGGCGAAGGGGAGGAUGCUGCGCAUGGCGAACACCAGCCCAUUCUUGUUAAGGAGGUAAAGCAGGGGAACAAAGUUGUGCUCGCCGUCGAGGGCCAGAGCACUCUUCCCCAGUCUGUUUUUAACUCCAUCAAUGCUCUUAUCGGUGUAGGACUGCUCAGUCUUCCUCUGGCUCUCCAAAUGACCGGUUGGAUACCUGGUCUGUUUAUCCUCUCUCUCACUGCCGCGGUUACAUCUUACACGGGCAAACUGCUGGCCAAGUGCAUGAACUUCGAUCCUAGCCUCAUCACAUAUUCUGACCUGGCGUACGUAUCAUUUGGCACUCGCGCUCGAGUCAUUGUGUCAGCCCUUUUCAGUCUCGAGUUGAUAGCGGCUUGUGUCGCCUUGGUCAUUCUCUUUGCCGACUCGCUCAGUCUGCUGCUUCCGGGUCUUGCAACUGUCAACACUUGGAAGGUUGUGGCUUCUGGUCUGGUACUGGUAUUGAACUCGUUGCCUUUACGUUUGUUGAGUUAUACCAGUGUGGUUGGUAUCUUUUCGACAUUCUGCAUUGUUGUGAUUGUGAUUAUUGAUGGUUUCUACAAACCUAAUUAUCCUGGUUCAUUACGAGAACCGGCGACGACGUACCUUUUCCCAAAGAACUGGCUCGUUCUGCCUCUUGCAUAUGGUCUCCUUGCCAGCCCCUGGGGAGCCCAUUCCGUCUUUCCAUCGAUCUAUCGUGAUAUGCGCCACCCUUACAAAUGGGGCAAAGCUGUUAACAUCACCUUCUCUUUCUCUUACGUGGUAGACACUUGCUUGGCUGUAAUUGGCCUGCUAAUGUUUGGUGAUGGUAUCAAAGAUGCUAUCACCUCCAACAUUCUCAAGUCGACUGGCUAUCCGGAUGCCUUGAAGAUUAUCAUGUGCAUUUUCAUUGCCAUUAUUCCUUUGACCAAGAUUCCCCUCAAUGCCCGCCCUAUCAUCACAACUUUGGAUGUUAUUUGUGGUGUUCAUGAGCAGCAUCACCAUCACGAGCAAUCGCACAGCCAGCCCUCUCGAUACUCUCUUAUUGUUACCAAGUCAGUUAGAGGUCUUGUGCGCGUCUUUGUGGUGGUCCUCUUGCUGUUCAUCUCCAUUGUCUUCCCGGCCUUCGACUCGGUGUGUGCGUUCCUUGGUGCAGCUCUUUGCACACUCAUCUCCAUCAUCCUGCCCAUCUCCUUCUAUCUGAAGUUGUACUGGAAGGAUGUAUCCUGGCGGGAAAAGGUUGUUUCGGCUAUACUGCUGGUCGUGUUUGCCAUCUUGGGUACGCUUGGAACAAUUUGGACAUUCUUGCCCAAGCAUCUCAUUGGCGCUGAUUAG